CGUUACUAUGUAAUUAUUGCUUUUGAAUCUAAAACUACAGUUAAUUAAUGCUUAAUUAACUUCAAAUUUGCAUCACACUUCAUUUAUGCACCCUGCAUUGUGUAUAUAAUGUCCUGGAAUUCAAUCAUUUAUUUCUUUAUUGCGUUUAUUGUCUGUUUGUUUCUUGAGAUGGGCAUUCUUGAAUCUGAAUGCUUCUUGUGAAAGUUUUGAACUUUAUUGCUUAGUUACUCCAGUUGUUGCUGUACUCAAGUGGGGCUCUUUUUGAAAUUUGAGAAGCUGCGGGGAAUUUUCUGGACCGUGCUGAGAUUUAUUUUUUUCUUCUUAAUUAUUCUCGAUUUUGUGGGUUUUUAGAUUUGGAUUAGGAGUUGGGUUCGUAAGUUCUUUCCUUUUCUACAAUUUCCUGGACAAAAGGGACCUUUUUUUUUGUGAAUUUUACCUUGUUUGGAUUUAUGUAACUUGAUAAUUUGGUACCUUUCGUGGGUUCGCCUCACAAUUUGAUCCCAAGGAGGCAUAGUGUGGAAAUGCCUUAGAAUUUAUGUUGAGGGAGAAGAUUUGUGGGAUAAUCCCAAAUGUUAAAAAUAUUGAUGGGAAUCAUUGGGUGGUGGAGGAUAUCUUUUUCUCUGUAACUUAUUUCUGGAAGCUGUAAGUCGAGAAAAAAGGUUUCUGAUUCUGAAUCCAAGGGUGUACGAUGAGGGCAACAUAGGAAAUGUUGAAAGUUGGUUAUAAAUUUCCUUCACUGGCUGGCCAAUUUUUUACAAGAGAGGUGUCGGAGAUAGUUCAAUAAUUAGCUGUCACAGUGACAUCUGUUUCCUUCAUUUUCCGGCGUAAUUAAUAACAUUGAAGGAGUUUAUUAGGACUUUGGUGCUAUUUUCCGCCUGUAGCGGAAACAGAAACAAUGGGCCAUUCUGCAGCCGUUUGGGACCAUAGAGCUUCACUUGAAUUGACGAAGGACUGGAAUGGGAUUGACCAAGUUGUACUUCGCAAUCCUCAAGGCGCUUCAGCACGAGUCAGUCUGCACGGUGGACAAGUUAUCUCGUGGAGGAAUGAUAGAGGCGAAGAACUUCUGUUCACCAGUAGUAAGGCCAUCCUUAAGCCUCCAAAAGCAAUGAGAGGAGGAAUCUCUAUUUGCUUUCCUCAGUUUGGAAACUGUGGUUCCCUUGAGCAGCACGGAUUUGCAAGAAGCAAAAUUUGGACAAUUGAGGAUGAUCCUCCUCCAUUACAUCCAAAUGAUUCUCUUGGUAAAUCCUUCAUUGACUUACUACUCAAACCAGCUGAAGAAGAUCUGAAGUUCUGGCCUCAUGGAUUUGAAUUUCGUCUUCGAGUCUCUCUGGCAUCGGAUGGAAACUUGAUAAUGAUAUCUCGCGUCAGAAACAUAAACGGCAAACCUUUUAGCUUCUCAUUUGCGUAUCAUACACACUUUUCUGUUUCUGACAUAAGUGAAGUGAGGGUAGAAGGCUUAGAAACUCUGGAUUACCUAGACAACCUCUGCCAGAAGGAACGUUUUACAGAGCAAGGUGAUGCCAUAACAUUCGAAUCAGAGGUAGAUCGUGUUUACUUAAGCUCUCCCCGGUGUGUUGCUGUUCUGGAUCAUGAGAGGAAACGAACAUAUGUGAUGAGAAAGGAAGGGCUACCAGAUGUUGUUGUGUGGAACCCAUGGGAGAAAAAGUCAAAAGCAAUGACAGAUUUUGGUGACGAAGAAUACAAACAGAUGCUAUGUGUAGACGCAGCAGCAAUAGAAAAGAACAUCACUCUGAAACCAGGAGAAGAAUGGACAGGACGUGUGGAGCUUGCAGCCGUACCCUCGAGCUUCUGCAGUGAUGACCUUGAUCCGCAUCUCAAUUUUUUCUGAUGCAUUAUAUUUUCCUGCAACUAGUUAGCAAAUCCUCCAAUAUUAUGGAAGCCUGUGGUUUUUAGAUAUGGCUGCUAUUUGUUUAUCUAAAAGCUGUGAGGUACUUUUAGGUGUGUUUUCCUGCUGGCCUUGUUUUUGAUUUGUGCAAAGCAUUAUCUUUUCUCUUUGAUGCUUUUUUGAAGCCUUGACAGUCGUAUAAACUGCAAAUCUGGCAAGGCACUUUCUCUUUUUGGAAAAUGUAUGUGUCUUGAUUCAAGAGUAGUUGUACGAUGAUUUCUCAUAGCUCCUGUCAGGUGCUCCAUUUGAAGAAAGAAAUGUGUUCAAAGUUCUAAAGCAGAA